AUGGAAAAAUAAAAAAGUCUAGUUGAUGUAUAAAUAAAAAGUAUCGUUAGCUUACUUUUGAAUAUGGAUAGAGUUAGGAUGACAAAGUAAGAAAGAAAUAAUGGUUAUAUGAAUAUAUGACUGGAUGCUUAAAAGAGGUAAUGAAUUUGAAUGAUGAAUUAGAAAAUUGUAGAGUUAUUGAAUAGUAUGUUUAGAGACUAUACUAAUGAUCUGUUUCUUAUGGCUAGUUUGAUUUUGAUUUUAGUGGGAAUAACAUAAGAUGAUGACUAAGAAGAUGUUAUAUCGUCGUAAAUAUUGAACAACUUACAAAUAGACUCAUUUUGUUUAUAGUAUACAUUUUGCCGUUUCUAAUUGAAGCAGGAAUUAGAACAAUAUAAUUGUUGAUAGAAUAAAAGUAGUGUUGGCAAUGUAUUUUGUAACAAACUAGAAUCAAAUACACUAGAUUGAAAGGAUUCAAAAAAGAAGACUUAGUAUUCAAUGAUACAUAGAAUUUCUUAAAGUAAGCUAGAUCUUCUUCAAUCAGAAGUAUUUAAUAACUUGAUUCAUAAUCAAAUGUACCUGAUAUUUUACCUGCUUCUAAUGUAGAAGAUGUGUUUUAUAGUAAUUUAAAAAGAGGAGAUUUCAUACUUCUUAGUCGUAACUAAUAAUGUCCUGGAGAUUUAGUUAUCCUAGAUAUGAGUGAUAGACAUGGUUACUUUUAUUCUAAAAGCUAUUUCAAAUAAGCAUUUCUUUAGCGUAAAGAACCAAUGAAGACUACGAAAGUUGAAAUGAAUGCACCUAAUAAAGGAGAUUUAAAUUAUUUAAGAAAGAUUUUAAAAGGUAAACUUACUUUCAAUAAUAAUUACAAUUUUGAGUAAUUUGAAGGUCAUAUUAAAUUAUCGAAAGAUCCUAAAGGAGAACCCAUUUUACCAGAAAAUAUAUUAUUCUUUGGAUAAGCACUUUAAUUUAAUGAAUGGGUAUUCGGAAUAUUAAUUAAUGUUGGAGGAUAAUCAUUGUAUUGUAGAAAAGUUUAAUCUAUUCAAAAAUAAACACGAAAAAUUAAUAGAUAUAAAAAUCUAUCCAUUUUACAAUUCUUUCUCUAUUUAAUUAUGCCCAUUAUUGCAUCAUUAAUCUAAUAUUAUGGAUAUUCAUCAUAAAAGUCAUUCAAUCAUAUUCUAAUGCAUUGUUAUUAAUAAUUUUUAGUUAUUAUACCUUCUUAUUUAAGUUUAUUUCUUCAUCUCUUUGAUGUAAUUCUAAUUAUCAAUGAGAAUAGAUAAUAAUAAUAAUAACAAACGAAAGAUUGUAAAGAAUUAAUUUUAGAAACUAAAACAGUUACUAAAUAAUAAUCUUUAAAUUACCCAGUAAAUAUGACUGAAAUUAUGGAUACUACACAUGUAUUUCUAAAUAUUUAAAUCUUAUCUGAUGCUAAAAUAGAAGCAUUAUGUCAUGGAGACACAAUCUAUUAAAUUGAUCAAACAUUAAUUCACGAUUUAGUACUUUCAUAAUCUUUUAAAAAAACUUAAUUCUAUUAUAAUUUAACUAAAUAAGUUAAUGAUUAAAAUAUUGAAAUUUUAUAAGAAAAGAUUUAAACUAUUAGUCCUAAUGUACCUCCUCAAAAAUUAAGUAUAAAUUCUCAUUAAUAAUUAAAUUUCAAUAUUGGAAAAGAUACAGGAUUAAAUAAAAGAACAUUUAUUAAAUAAAAUACUUAAACUCUUCAUUCUCCAAUAUUAAAUCCAAAUAGUGGUAGACCUUCCUUAGAAAUCUUUCAUAGUAUGGAUGGAGGAUUUAUUCCAUCAACUCUAGCUGGAAAUCUUAUUAAUUAAUAAUAACAUUCCUAAGUUAGUUAAGAACCUGAAGAAGAAUAAGUUAAAUAAAUUUAAAUUUAUAGAGAAAAUACACUUGUUGAAUUAGGUUUAAGUUAACCUUUUCAAUAUUUUGAAUUAUUCUCUGUUAUCUCUUUGUGUCAUCUUACUAGAAGUGAAUUAAUGACAUUACCAGAAGAUAUUCGAUCCUCAUAGAAAAAUUCAAAAUUAGGCUUCUCAGAAAGAGAAAGAAUCAAAAAACCUAAAUUUAAUAUUGAUUAAUAUUUUCUAGCUGAAGAUGAAGCUCUCUUAAAAUUAAGCAAAUUAUUUAAAAUCUCCUAUAAAACUUAUGGUUAUAAUAAACAAGAAUAACUUUGUUAUGUUUUGAAAAUUAAUGAUCUAGAAAUACCCUAUAUUAUUCAUUAUAGAUUAUAUCAUUAAGGAUUUAUAGAUUAUGAUGAAACCAAAAAUAAUAAAAUGUUUAAAAUACCUUCCAGAUUUAUUGCCAUGAUGAUUCAAGAUAACAAUUUUUAAAUUAAAGAAUCAAAUUAAUUAGUCCUAUUAUGUAGAUUUUGUAUUGUUACUAUUUCUGAUAUUCCUGGAUAUGAAAAAUUUGAUCUAGUCAAAAAAGCCUCACUUUAAAAAUAAAUAUAAUAUCUAAUUAAUAGAGGUGAUAUCAUUAUUUGCUUUUUGAAAAUGUCAAUUAAUUAACAAGAUCUCUAAGAAUCAAAAAGCUUGAUUAUUAAUGAUUAUGAAAAAACAAUUUAAUUAAUUGAACUAUUAUCAGAUAAUUAGUUUGAUAUUGUUGGCCUUUUUGGAAUUAGUUAAAAUGAUAAUCAAGAUUUAAUUAAAGAAUCUUUUAUUACUAAUAGAUCUAGAAUUGUUAUUCAAUCAGAAAAACCUUAUGAAUUAGUACUACCAUUUUGUAUCAAAAAUAGUGUUUUGCAUAAUGAAACAAUUACAUAUAAUUUUUAAUCUUCCUCAAGAGAUGAUAUUCUCUAUCAAAUUAGAUAAAUUAUCAGUAGUCUUAAUUAGGAAGAUCCUAAAAGAAGUUCAACUUUAUUAAUACGUAGAAAUGCUUAAAUUCAAACUGAUAGAAUUAAGAUCAACAAUAAUGCUUUAAUCAUAGAUGGUAAUGUCUUAGAUUUAAUAUUAAAUGACAAAUACUUAACUAAUCAUUUUGGAUUUAUUAUUCAUUUUAAUAAAAUUAUUAUUGUUUACAAUAUGAAUAACAAUUUAAAGGAAAAAUUAUUGAAUUUUGUUACUAAAUAUGAUAGUGAAUAUUAUUCAUCUUUUUGUGUCAAUUAUAGUGCAGGAUCUCAUGGUUUAGUAAGAAUGAGUGAUUUCUCUUAUUCAAGACAUGAUGAAAUCGAAUCAAAUGUAAUGGGUUUUAUUAAUUAAUAUUCAAUCAAUAUUGAUGAAUUAGAAUUAUUUGAUAAUUUAGUAAUUAAAACUGGAUUUUAACUAUUUUAAAUUAAAGAUGCCACUUAACGCAUAUGUAUUUAAUGGAACUUAUGUUUUGCGCUUUUACAAAUGACAUUCUAUUGUUUUCCACAUUACAAUGGUUAAUUAAUUUUUAAAGAUAGAUUAUUGAUAUUAUAAAUUUUAGUACCAGCCAUACUUUUAACAUAUGCAAUUAAAACCAUUUUUGUAGAACAAGAAUACCUAAGUGUAAAGAUAAAUACAAUAAAAUAGAAAUCACUUGAUUUGAAGAAUAAUCACAUAGUAUAAUUAUUAUUAGAAACUAUUAUGGAUGUAUUUCUAAUAACAGUAGUAAGAUAUACUUGCUACGUAAACGAUGUUAGAUUAGGGGUUUAUAAUACAAAAGAAGAAAUAGCAAUAUUUUUUAGUUUUAUUUUAAUAAUUCAUCUUUUUAAAUUAGCAUUUUUGUCAAAAGAAUUAUAUUUAGCAUUAUUCCUAUCUUUGAGCACAUUCUUAUUAAUACUAUUACAUAUAACAAUUGAGAUGAUAAACUUAGAUUAUAUUAUAUUAAGGGAAUUCUUAAUUUAACCUACAACUAUAAUGUCUCUUUUAAUUUUAAUAUCAAUAAAAUUAGUAAUGAAUUUAUUUGGAUAAUUUAGUAUUUAUUUAUACAAUAACUUUUUGGAAAGAUCUCAAUAAGACAUUGAUUUCAAUUUAAUAUUAGAAACGAUUACAAAAGAAUUUUAGAGUAUGAAGAAUAUUUAAUAUUUAAUAAAGAAAGUGUUUAAGGAUUCAGAAAUAGAUUUAUCAGUAAAAUAGAUUUUAAAUAAGGGUGAUAAUAAGAAUCAAUUAAUUUAAUUAAAUAAUUACACAUUAAAUUUUGAAUAAUAGAUAUACAAUUUAGAAUUUAUUCAAAUGUACAUUUCAAAAUGGAAAUUUAUAGGAGUGUUGACAAAUUCUAGUUAUUUUUUUGGAUUGGACAUAUUUUUAUUAAUACAUUACGGUUUGAGAUUUCAUAAGAUUAACACAGCAUUAUUCUCAAUAAUGUUAAUAAUGACUUUUUGUUAAGUAUUUCUAAUAAAUUAAUCUUGUUAUCCAAAUUACAAAAAAUUAAUAAUAUAUUUUGGAUUUUUGUAAACAAUAUUUAGAUUGUUUAUAAUAAGUGUAGAUGUAUAUGAUCAUGAUGAUAAGUUUUACUCUUUCAUAUUUUACUAUUUAGUUAUAUUUUCAUUGACCCAAUAAAUAAAUUACAAAUAUAUAUUUAUAGUUAUUCAAUAAAUAAUGACUUUAAUAUGUGGAAUAGUAAUGUUAUAUGCAAAUUCUAAAUAGAAUAUAAAAGAUGUUUAUUUAGGUGAAAUAAUAGUAUUAUUUGUAACAUUCAGCAUAAUAUCUUUAUAAUCUCGUUAUUAAGAUGAUGUAACUUAACGUGAAGAUUAUAUAUGCGGAAAGGAAUUAGAGAUUGAAAGAUCAAAGUUUCAAUCAGUAAUGUCUUUAUUAUUGCCUCCAUUUGUUUUAGGUAGGGUUGAUUAAGGAAAUGUAAAUUUUUCAGAGAAUUAAGGAUUAGUUGGCAUAAUAUUUGUAGAUAUGUGUAGUUUUGAUAUGAUAGUGAGUGCAGAGGAUUAAAAUAUUGUGUAAUUAAUAGAUAAUAUUUAUCGAUAAUUUGAUUAAAUAUGUUCUUCAACUAAUUGUUAAAAGAUAGAAACUGUUGGUAAAACUUAUAUGGCUUGUUCUGGAUUAUAAUGUGUAGAGAAAUUCUAGCCUAAGGGUCAUCUAAAGAAUCCAAUUGAAAGAUUAGUAGAAUUAGCAUUUGGUAUAUAAUAAGAAAUUACAAAUUUUAAAUGGGGACCUAACUAAAAGAGUUUUGGAUUAAAAAUUGGAAUACAUUAUGGAAGAGUCUUAAUGGGAGUAAUUGGAUCAAUUAAACCAUAAUUCUCUUUAAUUGGAGAUACAGUUAAUACAACUAGUAGAUUAUGUGCUCAUUGUCCAGAAGGCUUAAUUCAAAUAUCACUUUAAGCUUAUGAUUAAAUCAAAAAUGUUAAAUCAAUCAAAUUUACAUAAAGUAAAAUUGAAGCUAAAGGUAAAGGAAUUAUAGAUACUUUCUUAAUUGAAAAGAAAAGAAAUUUCGAAUAAUCAUUCAACAAUAAAUAAAAAAAAUCAGAAAUGCCACAUAUUGAUUAAAAAUUGAAAUUCGUCUUGAAUAAUCAACAAUAACCUUAAAACUCUUUCCGAAAUCCUAAAUAAACAGGCAUUGCAGCUAUUAGAUAAAAAACUACAAGACAUUUAACAUAUAAAUUAAAUCCUUUAAAAUAAGAAGAAAAUUAAUAGUUGAAUCCUCCUUAAAAUAAUUCAUCGUAAAUACCAUAAACUUAAUAGAUUGUAUCAACUUAGUAACAGGUAAUGAAUUAAAAGACUGCAACUUUAAAUUUUACAGCUAGUUAAUUGUAAUUAUUCAGAAAAUAAACAAAAAGAAAUUUACUUGGGAGUUAAACUAAUGUGCCAUCUAUAAAUUAGAUUACAUCUCCUCAUGCUUUAAAUUAGAUAUAAUCAAAUAUUAAUGUUCUUGCUCCUAGUAAUAAAUUGAUUCAUUAGAAAUCUAUUUUUAGUCAUUAACAACAAUAAACUUAAUAAAUAUCUUAAGAAAAGAUUGAUAAAUAUCAGCAACAAUCAUCAAUUCAUAUUCCAUAACAAGAUCCUUCUAAUCAGAAUAUUUUAGCAGGUAUUCCUGAUAUACCUUUAGAUUAAUCUUUGAAUGUAAUGGAUUCUUCAAUAAAAGAAUAAACUCCAUUCAAUUAAAGAAGAGAUGACUAAAAGAAAUUUAUUGAUUCUGCUAUUAGAGUGAUAAAAUUUAAUGAUAUAGAGUUAUUUAUAAAAUCUAAACCAGAAGUAUUUAAUAAAACUAUUCCUUUAUUUAAAAUAUAAGAGUUCUUUCUUGAAGGUAAAAGUACAACAUUUUAAGAGAAUAAUAAUAAUAAUCAUUGGCAUUUAAUUUCAAAAGAAUUUUUAUUUGAGGCAUUUAAGAAUAGUGAUACUGUUGCUCAAUAUUAUGAAAAAGAAUUGGAGAAUGGAAUAAGAAGUAUAAUGAUAUCAUUAUUACUUCUAUUGAUUAUACACAUCUUCUUUAUUAUACUUUCACAAUUAUAAUAAGUUAAUACUCAAUAAGCAAUAAUAAGAGCAUUAGGCUGUUUUUUUAUUUUGAUAGAGUUAUACUUUUUGAAAACACAUUUUUUUGAAUGGAAAAGAAAAAGAUUAUUAAAAAUAAUAAUCAUAUAAUUAAUAUCUUAAUGUAUAAUCUUAGGAGUAUUCUAUGAAUAAGAUAAAGAUAAAUCAGUAAUAUUGUCAAUAGAAUCAAUAAUUACAAGUUGUUUACUUUUUGCACAUAAAUGGCUUUAUGUUUAAGAGAAAAUAUUAAUAUGUGCAUUUAUGUUUACAGCAUGGUUAAUAAUUAUUAGUUCAGUAUUUAUAAUUGAUAUAUGGGAAGUGUUUUUCUUAUUAAUUUCAAUUGUUUUAUUAUUAUAAAGAGAAGUGUUAAGUUAUUUAUUUUCUUAUAAGUAAAUGCUUAAUUAAGAACAAAUAGAGAUAAAAUAAUUAGAUAAAAUGAAUCUAUUAAGUUGUUUAUUACCAAUUCAUGUUUUGAGUAAGUUUUUAGAUGAUUCUACUAAUUCAAGAUAAUUCUCAGAUGUUUAUAAUGAUUGCACAAUUCUUUUUGCUGAUAUUGCUGGGUUUACUAAAUACUCUUCAAGUGUAUAACCAGAAGAAGUAGUUUCAAUGCUUAAAAAUUUAUUCGAUGAAUUUGAUAAACUUACUUAGGUACAUAAUGUAUUCAAAUUAUACACAAUUGGAGAUUGUUAUGUUGUAAUUGGUGUAACUGAUAAUUUUAAAAGAGAUCCAGUUCAAGAAGCAUUCAAUGUUGUUGAAAUGAGUCUGAAUAUGUUAGAAGCUAUAAAUUUAGUUAGAAAUUAAAUUAAUUAUCAUGAUCUUCAUAUGAGGAUUGGUAUACAUACAGUAUUAUAUUAUAUGUUAUAUUUUUAGGGUAAUGUUAUAGGUGGAAUUAUUGGUACAGAUAUUAUUAGAUAUGAUGUGUAUGGUAAAGAUAUUCUCAUUGCUAAUAAAAUGGAAAGCAGUUCUGAAGAAGGUAGAGUUUUGAUAUCAGAAACUACUAAAAAAUUAAUAGAAGAUAACUUUCCUUCCUGUUAUGUUUUUAAUGGAAGAAAAUUAAUUAAUAUUCCUUCAAUUAAUACAACCAUUACUGGCUUCUUUUUAGAUACUGCAAUAUGA